AUGGAGAGCUUGGCCACGGAACCCCACCACCGCCGCGACAACCUCGCUACCUACGACUCCGCCCACCCGAUCUACGCCAUGGCGAUCUCCGCCGCCGACCCCCACCGCGUCGCCGUCGGCAGCUUCCUCGAGGAGCUCGGCAACCGCGUCAACGUCCUCACCUUCUCCGACGACCGCCCCGCCGUCGCCUCCAUCUCCCUCUCUUCCCCCGCCCUCUCCUUCGACCACCCCUACCCUCCGACGAAGCUCCUCUUCCACCACUCCCCCUCCGCCCCCGCCAGCCUCCUUGUCUCCUCCAGCAAAGGUUGUCAUAUACCUAUUAGAUGA